AUGCAGCGCGUAGUGCAACUGGAACCAGUGCUAUUUCUUCUUCUACUGAUAAGCUCCGUCCACGGUGAUCAUCAGUUGGAGACGCAAAACGAGCACAACGUGCACUCGGCGGGCACCGACGGCGGAUCCGUUGCAUUAUCACCGGAUGAUACACUGUUUGCGCACUUGCGCUGCUUCGAACGGUUUGCGAGCAAACAGAGCGGUGAUCGUGAACAAGAUGUGACCGACUGGUUGGGCACUAGCCAGCGUUACCUCCACCGGACGGACCGAGCACCGGACUUUGUCAAGUGUGUCCUGGAGAAAGUGGGGUUUUACGAUCCGAGGGAGGGAACAUUUAUGCCGCGAGUCUUAGAAGAACAGUUCAAAGAGUAUAGAAAAUGGAUGUCUCUGGAUGAAGAAUCAGUGCAACUGUUCGUUAACGAGACGCAGAGUAGCGACCUAGUGAACAACUCCUCCGACGAAGUUUAUGAGGCGUUCGAAACACUCUUUUCCAAUCACUCGAACGCCUACUUUCAACUCUUUCUACGAGAUCCAUCCGUGUUGCAGAACCUCUACGAUCAAAAGGAGUUUGCGGUUCGUAAACCCAAUCAGACGGUGAUCGAGUUUUGCGAGCUACAAAUGGGCGAAGAUCUGUGGAACGAUAUCUGCCACAUACGAGCCUAUGAAAUAAGCAACCAAACGGACGCCAUGGAAGCUCACAUCAGUUGUGUUUUUCGAGGCUUUCGCUACCUUACUGCUGAGGGGUUAAUCAACGAGGUCGAGAUCAUCCAAGACUUUGCAAAGGCUGCAGUUUCGACCGAUACCUCUGAGGCUCACAUCAUGGAAUGUGUCAACGAUUUACUCCAAGAACAGGUCGUCAACAAACGAGCCCUUCGAAUGUACGCUUGCCUGCUGCAUAGCGGUAGUAAAGAACUGUUUAAGGAAGCGUUCGAUUUUCGGGAAGUUCGUUCCGGCAACCUGUCCUACCUGUUGCAAAAUCUGCCCUACAAUCGUGAUCAGGUUAAGCAUCAGAUUUUGGCCCUGGAUAAGGAACGGUGCGACGAUCAACAACGCCCUACCGGUCGAAUACUACGAUAUUAG